CCUCUGGGGAAAGAGUUGUCAACUCCCAGUCAUAUGAUCGAUCCUGAGACUCACAGUCACAGUUGUGGAAAAUGGCCAGCCAAACUCAAGGAAUUCAGCAGCUCUUGGCAGCGGAGAAAAGGGCUGCCGAAAAGGUUUCGGAGGCUAGGAAGCGCAAGGCCCGCCGUUUAAAGCAGGCCAAGGAGGAGGCUCAGGAUGAAAUCGAGAAGUACAGGCAAGAACGGGAACGCCAGUUCAAGGAGUUCGAGGCCAAGCACAUGGGCUCCAGGGAGGAUGUGUCUGCGCGCAUUGAGGCUGACACAAAGCUGCGUAUCAAUGAAAUGAACAAAGCUGUCACUUUGCACAAAGAACAGGUUAUCGAAAAGAUUUUGGAGCUUGUCUAUGAUAUCAAGCCUGAGCUUCACAAGAAUUUCCGCAAGUAAACUGAAUGUGGGUGGGGAAGACUUGCACACUUAAUUCAGAGGUUCCAUUUCUGCUAGGAAUCUCUGAGAGGAAUAUAUAUUUCAAAAUAAUUAUUGAUGUCCACAUAUUUUAAAAUGGCCUUGAGACUUUGUGCUUGGUUGCUACGUGUUACAGCUGUAACCAACCACUCAUAUCUGUCAUAAAUAAACAAUAUAGGCUGGAUUUGUAUGUUGGCAGUGUUUUGACUUAGACUUCAAAUCGGAAUUGCCAUUGCAUGAAUUUCAUCUUGGAUCAUCAAUUCAUAUUGUAAACAAAAUACAUAUGUAAAUGUUUAGCUUGAGUAGGAAUGCAUACUCUUUAGUUUAGGUAACUGUUGAAUCAUGCAAUGGCUCAAUGUUAUGUGCAUUUUAGCUUGUGUUUGAAAGGAUUGUCGAUUUUACGUGUUCAAAACAAUUAAAUGUUGCAAUUAUUUUUAUCCUUUUGUUUUGUUUUCAAUUCCAUUUAACAUAAUGCAUGUACAUUUAUAUCAUUGUAAUGAAAACAAAUACUUUGGUUUUCCUUCUAAAAUAUUCCAUGUUAUGUAUAGACUUUAAGGUGUGUGUUUUAAUUAAGUUACCAGGGAUUGUUUAAAAGAAUUUCUUAUAUGCUGUUUGUGCACAUUCCUCCAUUCCAUCAUCUGGUAUAUAGAAGAUCACGGUUCAGCACAUACUGUAUAUAACUGUUAAAUCUAUAUUUUCAAGAUUAUGUUCUGCGAUGUUACAGUAUUAAACAUUUGCCGGCUUGUUUCAA